AUGGGAACUCCGGGCUUAUUCGUCAGCGAGGGCUCCUCCCCUCCGCCUCCGCGACAUGAUCCCGGCCAAAAGGAGGAUGACGAAUUAUCUAUCAACUCUUCGCUAGCUUCCCAACACGACUCGGACGAGGAGUGGUCCGUGGAAACCAUACAUUAUGAGACAUUCGAUGAUGGACGGAACUUUUACCUGGUCGAAUGGACUGGGUAUCCCCUUGAGGAAGCUACGUGGGAGCCAGAGGAGAACGUGUCGGGUGAGCUGUUGGAAGAAUGGAGGGCCAAGCAACAGAAAAUAGCCCGAGGCGAAGAGGAAAUUUUCAACGUCGCAGCCUGGCAGGAGUUCGUUGAAAAGCGUGCCGAGGAACGUCGCAAACGACACCGGGAGCGCAACUUCGAGCGCAAACGGCGCGGCCUAGAACUUUCUCUCUGGGAAGGGGAGUCUAAGGAGGAGUACUACUCCAGCGACGAGGAAGUUGCUCAGGAUGAUUUCAACGACAUAUUGCCGCCACCGAAACCCACCGGACGGCAGAUUGAUGCAAUCCCAUCCAUUGAGGAUCAGCCCAAGCAGCCGCUCGGGCAAUCGACCGCGGGGAAGACCGCUCAGCCUCGCAAACGGGCCUCGUCGGGAGAAAAGUCCAAGUCACCGACCAAAUCAAAAUCGCCUGCUUUAGCGGUACCGCCACGCCUGCAACCUAAAUCGGCUGCAUCCACCUCGACCGGGUAUCAAGGUACUGCAAGGAGGCCUACGGUCGUGAAACCCGCCAACAAGCCAAACACAACCCGGACGACUCUCGCUUCGAAAUUCUCCCGACCUACUCGAACAGCGAAGAAGACCCAAACGGGCGCGAGGACGAUGGUCAAAUCUACGGGCAACGUCUUCACCAGCGGCAAACCUAUCCGAACCCGUGCUCGAUUGAAUGAUAACGCGGCAGACACCUCCCAAACUCCGCGCACCUUCUCGAAUCACCGUCUGAAAAGGAAGGCUGAAUUGCAGGGCCGGGACAAAGCUGAUCAAGCGCCUGCCACUCUUCCGACCACGCUGUUCAGCAUCAGUAGCGGCCCUCCCGCAACUGCUUCCUCCACGCACUGUCCUCCUGCCACCGGCUCGCCCGCGGCUGGUUCUCCCGCAACCGCCUCUCCAGUUGCGGACUCUCCUGGGAAGGGUCUCCCCCUCGCCGGGAGCACCAGUGCGACUCCGGGGCCUCGGUCGGUGUUAAAGCAUUCAAUAGACACCCUGACAACGAGGUCAGCCAGCAACUCCAGCGUCGCAGCUCCCGAGGGAACCGGUUCGACACUCCAACGGCCAUUGCCAAAGAAGAGGAAAUCUGUUCAAUUCGUGUUCGAUGAUCCCUUUGUCGAAGAGCCGGAAGCCAUGGAUGUGGACGACCAAAGUCAAGAUCGUUGGCAGAGACCAAGAGCUCCUACGCCACCUCCAAGCUCUCGAGAAAACGAUGAUAUUCGAAAGCCGCAGCCUAUUCUUCGCAAAUUGUCAAUCCAACAAUAUCAACACAAGGCUGUCGGGCGAAAUGUCGACAUGAGUAUUGUUAUGGGUGGAAGCAAGGCCGUCGAGGUGACAUUCGAGAGUGUGAAAAACGAGUCCGAGCAGUGGCACUCCCAUUUCAUCAAUCAAACGGUCUUGCAUUUCGCCAGGAAUUGUCAUGGCCCAACCUUCGCUAAGCAACGGGAUGCCGUUGUUGAACGUGUUCUAUGUCACGGCAGUCUGAAAGCAAAGUCUUCAACGGAUGAGUACGCCAUGGAAUGUGCCGCUGGACGACUCCUGCUUGGGUCCUUUGGCGCCGCCUACUUUCAUGAUGAAUUUUCAAUCAUCAUCUAUGCCGGGGCCUGUGAAGCCUGGAAAAGCGUCUUCACCGAAGUGGACGCUUCAAGUCCGUCACUUGCAACCCUGAAGUACGUCAUAUACAAGCCAAGUCCCGUUGCCACCAAACCUCUGCCGGAACGUAAAGCAACAGCGUCAAAGCUCGCAGACGGACGUGGCCCAAUAUUCCAAGAUUUGCUACGCAUCGAUUACCACAGUCUUAUGCCACCCGGCCUCAAGGACACGCGGCACAACUUCUAUCUGGCGUUUCCUCCAUCUCGAAAGCAAUUGCUCGACGCUAUCAGCGAGUGGCUACAUCUCCAAAAUCCACAUUGUAAGGUCUUUUCGACCAAAACAGCUGGUGACUGGAGGGCCUUUACCAACCCCAAAAUCGUGGAGACUGGCGUCAUCAUUGUUCACGAGACAUCCACUGAAUCUCUGAGGCAAUUUCCCGAGUUGCUGAGAUUGCUCUCGUCGAAGAACAGCUCUGCUUGGUUAUUCUGGUGCAUCGGCGAGUCACUCCAGAAGCAUCCGCUUUUCCCUUCCAUCCGUUCCUUUCACGAUACGGCCACGCCAGGCUCAUUCGAGCUGACAAGGCUAUUCCCGCAUGGCAACGCGGUCCUUCUUACUCCGAGUUUCCUUAUAGCUGAACCGCUUCGUGCUUUUCAACUUCUCAACUGGUAUAAACGGAUGCAGCGGAAGCCCGCCAGCCCGAAAAUUGUAGCCGCAGCUGGUCUUUCUCAAUUUCUCCGGGAUCUCGCUAUCGACAAAGCCGAUCAACGUAAGAGAUUGCUAGCUAGAGGCGGCAAUGAAGACGAAGCACGAAAGGAGAAGCUCAGUCAGGUGGAUUGUAUGACCCGUUUCGAUACGUCGGCCACUGUGGAUAGCAUGCAAAUGUCAUUCAUGGAUUGCUUGCUGCCUGAUGAACAGCUUGCCCCCAUCAUCUAUGCCGACGCAUGCAUUGAUGCGAAUGACGAGCAAAGUUUGGUCAAUUGGUUCGGCUGUUGGACGCAGACUCGACUCGACCAGUUCCGCAAGUUCAGCGUUCUAGGGACAGAGGGUAGCACCGAGAUCCGUCAAACGAUCAAGUAUGAAGACCUUCCGCGCUAUACGCCUGGAACAGAACGCGACCAUGCCGCAGAGAUCGACUUCGGCUCAAAACCAGAGACGGCGGAUGGAGGCCCCAAGACCGCUGACAUGGUUUUGCCUGGCGGAACCAAGAAACUGGUUGGCACAAGUGCUAUUCAAAUCAGAGACUUUCUGUUUCCUCUUGCUAGGACUAUAGCCAACACAAACCCUGUCAUAUUUCCCUCGCUCUUUGCAAAUCCAGUCUCUUACUACAGAGAUAUCGAAGCAACGGCCGACGCUAUGGGGGACUUUCGCAGAGAAAUGGCCACAUAUCAACAAUGGCUGAGGUUUACAUGGCCGUUCUUUGCCCGAUACAACCCCCCACACAUACCGGACAACAUACCAAGAGGCAACGCACCUCAUAUAUAUAACUGUUACUUCGCGUUCUUCUAUACUCCCCAGGGCUAUGUGGCCUCCGAAAACAAAUGGCAGGGGCGUCGUCCGUGGGCUGCAGUCUAUCGACCGGAACAUCCGCAUGAAAGGCCGUGGGAAUCGACAGAGCUUAUCAUAUGGGAUUGUGCGACCAGUGAUCGAUUCGCGGGCGAACGCGAGAUUCUCCUUUCACAACUUAACGAAGCUCAACAGCAAUUGAUUGAGUUCGUGGAGGACCACGGCCAAGAGAAAAACGCCAAACUUCCCCUCAACCGUGUCUGGCUGGGAGGGUUUCUUCCAACAGCAGAAACCUUGCCGUUCGAUGCCACUAUGGAAGCCCUGGAGGCUAUGGUAAAGAAACCGUUGGAAAAUGUCCCGGUGUCAGACACCGAGCUACUGGCCAAAGGUUUCCGUCCGGUGAUACUUCCGACUCACGUUACCCCGAGCACCAGCUCCCCGGACAACAUGUCCAUUGACCUCGCCGACGAUCUGUUCGCCGACGAGGAUGAUCUCGACAGUAAAAUCAUCUUCCACCCGCCUCGGAGCCCCAGGCCGAUUCAUAAAAGCCGGUGCGAGAACCUGCUCUUCAAGUGGGUCAAGCAGACCAGGAAAGGCUCGAGCCAUUCGGUGCUCACGUACUCCUUCACGCCUACCACGGAAUGGUACAAAAGGCAGCAAGUGGCGGAGAAUCGUAACUUCGAGCACAUCUACGUUGGGCCUUGGCCGCGCGUAUGGGAGAUGUUGAGAGUUCCUCACGGUACUCCAAUGACGAGUCAAGAAGAGAGAGAGAAGAGCAGAAACACCUGA